UGGAUAUAUUAAUAUUCGAGAUUUGAAAGCAUUUAAAGCAUUAAAUAUAAAAAGAGAAUUAUCUUCGGAUGAUAAACAAAAUAAGAUUGUAACAAAUCUUGAAAAUUUAAAAUCUAUACUUGAUUAUCCAAAAUCAAAAAGAGAUAUAAAUCUUUAUGGUUCACUCAGGCAAAUUCUCGAAAAUUUAAAUUCUUUAGAAUUUAUGUGGCAUGAUCCUGAAGCAAAUAUAGUGCUUAGUGAUGAUUUGAAUAUAAUUAAAAACCUGGGAUCUAGUUUCAAUAAUUCUAUUACUUCACAGACCACAAGAAAUAUUUUUCAUGACAAAACAUGGAAAGAAAGUAAUAGAAAAUUGUUAGAAAUUACUGAACACAUUCUUAAUACACUUGGUGAAAAAUGGUGCAAUCCAGUAUUUGAGAGUAGUAUGUUGCGUUGCAAACAAAGUGAGAGAACUUAUAUUUUAGAUAUUAUAAUACUCUUGCUUCGAUCUAGUUUGGGGAAUUUACUCAAUAGUAGUAUCUGCUUAAAUACUGCAAAACGCCAGAGCAUAGCAAGCAAGGCUCGAAGAAAUGCAAGAGUGGAUAAAGAACGAAUGAGAAAGAAACCUAAUAUCAUGGGGUUGCUAAAAUAUUAUAGGAAAAUUGCAGAAUUUAUAUUCACAGAAUGCUCUUAUAUUAUUUGUUAUAAUUCCAAGAAGGAUGAUAAUGAUGUUAAAUUAUAG